AUGGCGAAGCUGGAGCUCGACUUCACCAUCGGCUACAGCGCUGGGAUCAGCGCGUGCGAGAAGGGCGUGCAGUGGCAGUGGGCCGUGGCGCUGCUCAGCGAGAUGCGGGAGGCGAAGCUGGAGCUCAGCGUCAUCUUCAGCUUUAGCGCUGGGAUCAGUGCGUGCGAGAAGGGCGAUCAGUGGCAGCGGGCUCUGGCGCUACUCUACGAAACGUGGGAGGCGAAGUUGGAGCCCGACGAGGUGUCAUCUACAGCGCUGGGAUCAGCGCGUGCGAGAGAGGCGAAAAGUAGCAGCGGGCUUUGGCGCUGCACGGCGGGAAGUCGGAGGCGAAGCUUGAGCUCGGCAUCGUUUGCGUCAGUGCGUUUGGGUAUUGCGCAAAGUGGCAGCAGGGCUCUGGUGCUGCUCAGCGAGAUGCAGGAGGCGAAGCUGGAGCCCAACGUCAUCAGCUGCAGCGCUGGAAUUCGUGCUUCCGAAAACCCCGCACAGCGGCGGCGGGCUCUCCCGCAUUCCACAGAGAGAUGCAGAGCUUGA